AUGACGGUGACGCCCCCAGGGGCCCCAGGCGUUGGUGCCCCCAGGCUUCUCCCAAGAACGGUGACGCCCCCAGGUGCUCUCCUAGGGACAACGGCGCCCACAGGUGCCUUCCCAGGGAUGUCGGCGCCUCCAGGGGCCCCUCAGGGCCUUACCAGGGACGAAGAAGCCCUCAGGGUCCCUGUCAGGGGCGGCGCGCAGCCAGGGGCCUUCCCAGAGACAAAGGCUCCACCAGUGGCCCUGCCAGGGGUAGUGGCAACCCCAGGCCCGGCUAUGGGCGUUGGUGCCCAGGUACACUACCAGGGGCUCUAUCAGGGACGCUGGCGCUCCCAGGCACCUCCGGGGACCUACAAAGGGCGGAGGGACCCCCAGAGGCCCUGUCAGGGCAGUGGCGUCUCCAGGAAUCCUUCCAGGGGCGGUGGCGCCCCCAGGGUCUCUCCCAGGGGUGCUGGCGCCACCAGGGGCUCUCCCAGAGACAUCUUCGCCCCCAAAGGCCCUACAAGGGACGGCGGCACCACCAGGUACCCUGUCAGAGGCGGUGGCGCCCUCAGGGGCCCUGCCAGGGAACCUGCUAGGGGAGGUGGCGCCCCCAGGGCUCCUGCAGAGGGCGGUGGGUCUUCCAGAGGACCUGUCAGGGUGGUGGCGCCCACAGGGACCCUGGCAAGGGCGGUGGGUCCGCCAUCUAACUACUACUAG